UGUGCGUCCCACGAAUCUGAUCCAUUCACGAGAAAAACUAAACACACACCCAUACAUAUAUACAUACACACACAUACAUACAUCCAAACAGAGAGAAGGUAAGACAAAAAUUUCAUAGACAUUGAGAGCUUACUUUCUAAAAAAUUCUCAAAAAUCAAAUUCACAUUUUGGGGCUUCAACAAUUUCAUCUAUCAACAAUCUUGACGAUUCAGAAGGGCAAAUGCGGCAAUAAAGUUUCAAUCUUGGUGAGUCUUUCAUUUCAAGCCCUAACCCUAGAUUCCCCCCAAAUCAAAUUGAUUGAUAGAUACCUUCAUACCCAUUGAAGAAAAGAUCAAGCAUAUGUCUGCAAGACUCACAACAAGCUCUCAAGAAUGAUAUUAUUAUUAUUAUCAAAAUGAGGUUUAAUUCUCUCUCAAAUUCAAAUUCAAAUUCAAAUUCAAAUUCAAACACACCCCCUUCUGAACCUGAUGAAACCCUAACCCUAGAUAGAAAUAGCCCCAUUUUGGUAGCUCAAGAUUACACCCUUUUGGUUUCAGAUCAAGUUUUGACUGUUAUACUCUCAAAUCUUGCAAAAAGUCAGCAACUUUCUAGCUGUUUAGUUUGUAAAAGGUGGUUAAAGAUUAGUGGUGGUUUAGUUAAGUCAUUGAGAUUAUUGGAUUGGGAUUUUCUUGAUUCGGGUCGACUUGGUUUUCGUUUUCCUAAUCUUAUUGAUGUUGAUAUUGUUCAAGCUUGCAUAAUAUCCCCUCGGAAUUCGGGUAUUUGUUUGAGUAAUAAGUUUGUGUCGAUUCAUGUUAAUUCGUUUAUAUCCGACAAUGAGUGUGUUUGGAAGCCUGAUUUUUUGAGCACUCGUGCGGUCGAUAGAGGGGUUCGGAUUCUAGCUCAAUGUUGCCCUAAUUUAAGAAGGCUUGUGUUGUGUGGCGUAAGCGUAGAAGGGUUGGUGUCUAUUGCAAAUGAGUGUUUGGCUUUGCAGGAACUUGAGUUGUGCUCCUGUACCGAUUUGGAUCUAAAAGGGCUUGCAGGUUUUCGGAAUUUACAGAUUUUGAAACUCAUUGGUUCGGUUAAUGGGUUGUAUGAUUCUGUGAUAUCGGAUAUUGGGUUGACUAUUUUGGCUCAAGUGUGUCCGAGGUUGUUAAAGCUUGAGCUUGUCGGUUGCGAAGGGAGUUAUGACGGGAUUAAAGCGAUCGGCCAGUGUUGCCAAAUGAUGGAAGAGUUAACCCUUUGCGAUCAUAAACUAGAAGGUGGGUGGUUAGCCGCGUUGUCAUAUUGCACGAAUUUGAAGACGUUAAAGUUUCAGUCUUGCAAAUUUAUUGACCCGAAUCCCGGGCCUAGUGAGCAUUUAGGUUCUUGCCCUACGCUUGAAGAGUUAUAUUUGGAAAGGUGUCAGUUGAGAGAUAAGCAGGGGCUCGGAGCGUUGUUUUUGGUGUGCGAAGCUGUUCGGGACUUGGUUUUUGCGGAUUGUUGGGGAUUGGAUAACAACGCAUUCAGUGCUGCAAGUGUUUGUAGGAGAGUGGCGUCUCUGUCUUUGGAAGGAUGCUCAUUACUUACAAUGGACGGUUUUGAACCUGUAGUUCAUUCAUGGAAAGAAGUUAAAAGACUUAAAGUAGUUGCGUGUAACAACAUAAAGGACAGUGCUAUGUCACCUGAAUUGGCGACGCUUUUUUCUCUUCUUAAAGAGUUAAAAUGGCGUCCGGAUUCAAAGUCUAUUUUGUCAUCAGGUCUUGAGGGUACUGGAGUAUGGCAGAGAGGUGGAAGAAGCUUCAAGAUUUGAUCUUUUUUUUUGGUUUUUAACAGGACACAACACAGAGUAUGCUUGUUCUAUAGUAGCGCUAGCUGUGUUAGGAUUUAGAGAACAAGUGUAUUACAAGUCACCAUACCUUCUUUAUCUUGUUUUGUUUUGUUACGUUUUCUUCCACAUUUAGUUAAAAUCUUGACAACUCAUUUUUGUUAUGGGUGAAAAUUUAGUGGUUCGCACUUAGAUCCAAUACUUGUUUACACCCAACGAAUCACUACAGCCGACAAAAGGUCUACAAACUUGUAGAGGAAGAAAUCAUUUGUUGAAAACAAUAUGUUGUUAAAGAAUGAAUCAUUUACUACA